UCAGCCUCUGACAUCACACACUUAUUAUCACUGGGAGCAGGCGUGACUUAGUGUCUUUAUCCGAGGCAGCCCGGAGGGAGGUCCAGCUGGCUAAGAGGUACCGAGAAAGCCAACAUGGGACGCUGGGAGAGGGAGGGACGGAAGCGCCGCUGCUCAUUUUCUCGCAGGCUGACAGAGGCGCCUGAGAAGGACUUGGGGAACUCGAGUCCAGCUGGCCCGUGAGCGCUGUGCCUGGCAGGGGCACGGAGCCUCCUCGGAGGGGUAAACAGCGCUGUCUGCAGCUCCUCGGGGUCAAGAAGGAAGAGCUGUUUCCCUGACCCCGACGUUCCCACAGCCCCCGGGACGGUGGAGCAUGGGGCUGCAGCCUUCCCCACCCUUGGGAACUCGGUGGAGUGGUUAAGUUCUCUUUAUCUCGCCAGUGUGCCUGCCCGCUCGGCCAGCGCAGUUUCACUUUUGCAAACAUCUGUUUAUAUCCCUUGAGAGAAAAAUAUCGAGCAGCUGCCCCCAAGGACGCUGUUUCAAGGUGAGCAAGGGCGGUGGGAGAUGGAUAAUUACACAGCGGCCCCGGACGAUGAGUACGACGUCCUCAUCCAGGGCGACCUGGACAGCGGGAAGGUGGACGGAGCCGUGGCCCCGGAGCUCCUCUCGGCCCGGCAGGUGCUGCAGUUCUGCUGCGCCGUGUUCGCCGUGGGCGUCCUGGACAACGCUUUGGCCGUGUACGCCCUGGUGAGGUUCAAGGGACUCAAGCAAGUGGGCGAUGUCUGCUUCCUAAGCCUGGCGGUAUCGAACCUGUGUUUCCUGCUUCCCCUGCCCUUCUGGGCCCACGCUGCCGCGCGCGGGGAGAGCCCCGGCCACGCGACGUGUAAAGUUCUCGUCGGACUCCACUCCGCAGGCCUGUACAGCCAGGCGCUUCUCAACACCCUUCUCCUCGUGCAAGGGUACCUGGUGUUUUCCCAGGGGAGCUGGGCGUCCACCCUCACCACACUGCCCUGUGCCGUUGUCGCAAGCGUCCUGGCCUGGGUGGCGGCCGCUGCGCUCUCUCUGCCUGAAGCUGUGUUUUAUGAGCCUCAGAUGGAAAGACAGAAACACACGUGCGCCUUCGGCAAACCUCACUUCUUGCCGGUGGAAGAGCCGUUCUGGAAGCACGCUCUGGCUUUAAAGACGAACGUUCUGGCGCUGGUUCUUCCUCUGCUGGUUUUGAUAUUCUGCUGCGCGCAAAUGAGGAAAGCUCAGAGCUUCAGGGAGCGGUGGCACGAUCUCCGCAAGCCUGCUUUUGUCCUAACGGGCGUGUUCCUUUUGAUGUGGGCACCUUACAGCACUGUGCUCUUCCUGUCUGCUUUCCAGGAACACUUGUCCCUGCGGGGGGAGAAGAGCAGCUACCACCUGGCUGCAAGCAUCCAGGUCACACAGCUCAUCGCCACCACCCACUGCUGCGUCAACCCUCUCCUCUGGUUGCUUCUUGACCAGACCUUUACUAGAUAUCUCCGCGGCCUGUUCCCACGGUGCAGCAAUGUCCCGUUUCAAAGCGGCGGGGACCCUCAAGCGGAGCCAAGCCAAGGUCACGACAGUCCCAUUGAGCUGUACAGUAGUGUCCAUCAAAGGCAGGAUGCGUAAACAUUAGUCCUUGUCUCUUCGCCUUGUUUUAUGUAAUUUUUGUUUGUUUGUAUAAAAAUGGAACGUGGGAAGAAAGGGGGCUGGUUAAUGGAUUUUCACUACUAAGCACUGGAUUUGGCUACAGCGCAGAACCAAGCUACUUAUACCAGUGAACUCCACCUCUCCUCCAUAGUGCUUGUCCGAGGUGUGGGUGUGGCUGGUGUGUGUCCCAUAUCUCUGAGAAAGAAACUGUAGCUCAGUAAUUUGUUCAGAGGUACACAGCUCUACGUGUAGGACAGAGAUCCCUUGCCUUGGGGCCUGGGAGUUAUUCUAAGUGUGCCAACCUUUCAAUGAUUGACAGCCAGGAGUGGCAGCAUGUGUCUAUUAAUGCCAGCACUCUAGGGUGGACUAAGGCAGGAGGAAUCCCACAAAUGCAAAGGUAGCCUGGGCAACAUAGCAAGACCUCCCCCAACUUCAACUUUUUUGUUCAACCAAUUACGUGCAAUGGAUAUGCCCCUUUAAAGCCCACUUUGAGGGCUGGGACUGUAGUUCAGUUGGUGGAAUGUCAGCCCUGCAGCCCUGGCUUUGACCUGCAUCGUGGAGUACACCUAGUAUGAUCAUGGGUUUUUGCUUUGGUUUUUGGCUUUGGUUUUUUGAGACAGGGUUUCUUUGUAUAGCCCUAGCUGACCUGGAGCUCUCUUUAUUGUCCAGCCUAGCCUUGAACUGAGAUAGGUGCCUGUCUCUGCCUCCCAAGUGCUAGGAUUAAAGGUGGCUAAUUUCAGCUAAACUCAAGAGGUGGAUGCUGAAAGAUCAGAAGUUUAAGGUCAUCCUUGGCUACGUAGUGAGUUCAAGGAAACAUUAUGUUCAAAGCAAACAUUGGCAUGGAAACACUUUUCUCAAGCACCUUCUCCUGCAGCUCAUGAGAAGAACUGGCUGCAUGGAGGCUGUGGGACCCACUAGGCUCUCUCAACUGCUCGCUGUACCCAAGCUUCCCUGAUAAUUUCGGCCCAUGAGGGCUCCAGGUUUCAGAGUUAGUUGUCUCUACCUAUGUCAUGAAGGCUGUGGUGUUUCAGGAAAUUUAACAAGAGUAGAUGUAAAAGUAUGUUUAGAAAUGCUGGGUUAGAUGAACACUGUGACCUUUGAAAUGUAACACAUACCUCAGGCCUCAUUAGCCUGUGACUACAAAUCAUUCCCCACUUCCUUCUGAAGGUGAGUUCCACAGUGCUGGCUCCUCCCACCUGCCAGCCAGCAGGAGGCCAGCAGUUGCCCAGGGUUACCCGUCUGGGGUCUCGGGGUGGCCCCUCUUCCUGCCUCUGGUGUCCCGCAGUCCAUUUGGGCCGAGGGCCUUGUGGCCACACAUCUCACAGGGCUAUGAUCAGGCUACAGGCCUCAGAGUAAGUUAGGGACAAGCAGGGACAGGCAAGGAGUAUAACCAGAGCUCCCACCCAGGAAUCCUUCCCAGGACAAAGGAUUCUCCUGUCGGUCAUCAUCAUAACAGAAGGAAGGGGGGGCGGCCUAGUGAGUGAAGGCACUUGCUGUGUGAGCCUGGUGACCUGAGUUCAAGCUCUGGAACCCCCCUAAAGGUGGGAGGAGAGAUCUAACUCUGAAAAGUUGUCCUGAGACUUCCACAUGAGCCUUUCUGAACAUGUGUGCUCGCAUGCGCGCGUGCACACACUCACAUGAACCACACCCCGAAAAGGAAUUUUAAAAAGAAAAAAAAAUAUGUAUACGGUGGUAUUUUUAACAUCUCUAAGUAACUAAAAUUGGAAUUCUUGUACAGUGCUGGUGGGAAUAUAAAAUGACACAACCAGUUUGGGAGAGGUUGGAAGUUUGUCUAAAAGCUAAAUAUGGAGUUACCAGUCACUCCACUUCUAGAUGCUUACCCAAGAAAAACGAAAACGAAAACGAAAACGAAAACGUGCCUGUACACACGCUUGAACACGGACCUUCGUGAAAGCUGUAUUCAUACAGCCGCAAGCUGCCUUCAGGCCACCUGUGCCUCAACAGGCGGACAGAGAAACAGUUGCAGACUACAGAAUCCCACAGUCCUCAGAGGUGGAGCAAACGGUGACUCCUGCUCAGUUCGUUAUAAUUUCCAAUGUGUUAAUUCUUAUUUUUUUAUUUAGAUAUAACUUUAGAAAACGCAGACUCACCCUCAGUGGCUGAAGUGGCUGUUGAGGAUGCUUACACAGGAGGAGUAUGGGAUACAUUACAAAAGGCUCACUAAGGGUCUGGUGAAUAUGCUUGCUAUCUGGGCGGUGGUGCUGUUUUCACUGUGACCUGUCGUGCAGCCACUGUUUUCCAAUAUGGCUGAUUUUAAAAGCUUCUGAGGCACACCAGGGUGUUACUUCAGGCUGUCUUGGGGCAUAGCCUAGGGUCCUCUGCUGCCCAGGCUUCCAUCACAUGCCCAGAGUUUCCAGGCAGCACAAGGGAUGACUGCACCCUUUCACCCUUACCCAUGACUAGGGAGGAGAACGGGGUGGCUUCUCUCUCAGCUGCAAGAGAGAAGAGAGACUCAGGCAGAAAGCAUCCCGUAGUUAUGCAAAGAGGUUUGGGAAGUUCAAGAAUAUAAUCUCCUCACAGAUUUAAGGAAGCAGGUCUAGGCUCUCCAGCCACUUCUAUGUUAAACAGAAGUCUAGGAGGGAGUAGCUUCCUUCUCUGACACUCACUGAUAGGGAUGAACUUAAAGAAUGGCCUUGUCAGCAUUUCCAGGAUGAAAAUUCAGAAAGUGGAAAGAUCCAGAAACUCUAAUGGGAGCUGUAAGUAAGUGGAAACUCUAAUGGGAGCUGUAGGUAAGACAGGUGCUGAGAAUCCAAAGUGGAUGUGGUAUACUCAAAAAUGGGAAUCCAGCAGGGCCUUUCUUCUGUGUUAGAACAAGUGGACUGUCUCCUAAAAAGAAAAAAAAAAUUGUGGACAGUGAGAUGGCUCAGGGGAUAAAGCUGGUUACCAUCAAGCCUGUUGACCCAUGUUGGGUCCCUGGGACCCACAGGGUAGAUGGAGAGAGCAAACUCCUACAAGCUGUCCUCUGACCACUAUAUGUGUGCUUUGGCGUGUGUGUGUGCGCGCGCACGCGCACACACACACACACACACACACACAAAUAAGCAUGUAAUACAAUUUUAAAAUAACACUAGCUUUUCUAUUUUUCCACAAAUACUGUAAUAAAAAACUAACAAACAGUAAAAAGCCAACAGAAAAUGGCUAGUGUAGUAAAAACAAAACAAAACAACAACAACAACAAAAAAAAACCGAUAGUGCUUCUGGUUUGCUUGCAAGCCAUUUGCCUGUGGAAGAAAUUGCUGGUUGGCUCUAUCUGUGAGGAAGGCUCAUCACUGUAGAGUAUUGCAGGAGGCGUGGGUGAGGGCCUGGGCCAGCCUUCAGUCUUACCAUGGCAGCCUUACAGAAACAGAGCACUGAAUCCAGCCUUCCAGCUCUCCAGACCACACUGCCUAGGGAAGGGACUGCACAUUCCCAGGAAAGGGUGUAGCCAUCCCGGCAGGAAUGAAGACAUGUGUGCCUCUCUCCCUUUGGAUAUCAAACUAUUGAAACAAUGGAGGGAAUUGGACUUUCCCUGGGAGUCUCAUGAUAGAGAAGGGGAAGCUGGAUGUUGUCUUCUGGGAAGAGAUUUCACAUGGUUCUGACCACUUGUUAGACCACCUUGGAGGAGAGACUGGACUGGAGACAAUGAUAUGAGGGACCACACCUUGACCAGGACUGCUUGCCCUCUAUUUAAACCUGAGUCGUAUGUCAGGACCCCAAAUAUAGACUUGGGUGGAGGUCUGUUACUUGGGUGUUACCAGAUUUAUUAGGGUCAGAGCCUGAGACCUGACAAACCAGGCUUGGUCAUCUGUCCUCAAGAAGUCAACUAAACAAGCAAGUAAUGGUAAAAAGCAGGAGGGAGAGAGGGAGAGAGAAAGAGAGAGAGAUGUUUGAUGUGGCCACAUUGGGAAGAACAAAGAGACCCAGUGUCCUCCUUUGUCUCUGUGGUUUGAGUAUAACUCAAAAGCAUGUAGCAUGUAGCAGGGCCGUCUGGGCUAGGAUGCGGUUCUGCUCAUCACCAUGCCCUGGCUCCUCUGCUGCAAGCCUGAAUGCGGCUUGGUAAGGAGUUCUCAGGACCCUCCUGAAGCUAACAAUUCCAGGUAACACAGACACCUGCGAAGAGCGUACGGAGACCCCAGAGCCCUCUCUGAAACGGCGCUAUGAGACAGCCUGUGAAUUUUUCCAGCAGAGUGGCACUGUUCCUGCCGUGUGUGGGGUGAGGUAGGGAAGCACGGGGAAUAUUAGUAACCCAGGACUCCCCCUGGUUUGGGUUAUACAUGCCUACUUUCUAAUAACACUCUUGGCUUCUUUACCUGAACAUGCUUUGCAAGCACGCCUCUCUCGGAACAAUGCAUCUGACAACCUCAGCCCCACCUUCAACAGGAUGCCCUUGCACCCCUCUCAAAACAAUAGGAUAUGUUUAUUUUCUCUGUCAAACUCUGACAGUGUCUAUUCAAAAGGAUUCCUAAUGCAUCCUAGUUAAGGGUCAGUUUCAUCAAGCAUGAACUGGUUUUUGAGCACAUGUGCACUAAGGCAAAACUGUGUCCUCAAAUGAACUUUUUUUUUCUUUUUUAAAAAAUUUAUAUUUUUUUUUAUUUAUUACAUUUGAUUUACUUGUAUCCCCCUCCCUCGUCCCUUCUGAAUCCUACCCUUCCUCCCUCUUUUCCUCCUAUGCCCCUCCCCCAGUCCACUGAUAGGGGAGGUCCUCCUCCCCUUCCAUCUGACCCUAGCUUAUCAGGUCUCAUCAGGACUGUCUUCAUUAUCUUCCUCUGUGGCCUGGUAAGGCUGCCCCCCCCCUUGAGGGGGGUGUCAAAGAGCCAGCGACUGAGUUCAUGUCAGAGACAGCCCCUGUUCCCAUUUCUAGGGAACCUACUUGGAUACUGAGCUGCCGUGGGCUACAUCUGUGCAGGGGUUCUAGGUUAUCUCCAUGCAUGGUCCUUGGUUGGAGUAUCAGUAUCAGAAAAGACCCCUUUGCCCAGAUUUUUGGUUCUGUUGCUCUCCUUGUGGAGCUCCUGUCCCUUCCAGGUCUUUCUAUCUACCCCUUCUUUCAUGAGAUUCCCUGCACUCUGCCCAAAGUUUGGCUAUGAGUCUCAGCAUCUGCUUUGAUACCCGGCUGGGUAGAGUCUUUCAGAGACCCUCUGUGGUAGGCUCCUGUCCUGUUCCCUGUUUUCUCCCUCCUCUGAUGUCCAUCCUGUUUGCCUUUCUGAGUGAGGAAGUAGAAAAGAUCAUCCUAAGUGAGGUAUCCCAGAAGCACAAAGACACACACAGUAUAUAUCCACUUAUAAAUGGAUAUUAGACAUAUAAGAUAGGAUAAACAUACUAAAAUCUGUACACCUAAAGAAGCUAAGCAAGAAGGAGGACCCUGGGUAAGAUGCUCAAUCCUCACUUAAAUGAACUUUUAAGGAGAAUCCCCUAUGUUAUCUUUGCUUUUCUGUGGCUGUGAUAAAACAUCCUGACCAAAAGCAAGUCCGGGAUGAAAGGGUUUACUUGGCUUAUGGGUGACAGUCUAUCAUGAAGGGAGGUUGGGGCAGGAAUCUGGAACUGAAUGGGGAGCAGUGCUUGCUGUUCCCUGCUUGCUCGGGUACCUUGCUUGCACUGCCCUGGCUCAGCUGCCCAGGAAUGGUAUGGUCCACAGUGGCUGGACCCUCCCUACCAAUCAGCAAUCAAGAACAUGACCCACAGACAUGCUUGCGGGCCAAUCUGAUGGAUACAGUUCCUCAACUGAGAUUGCCUUUUCCUGAGAACGUCUAGAUUUGUGUGAGAUUGGCAAACACUAACCAGCACACUCGAUUUGUCAUCUUGUGCCUGUGCAUGAUUAGGCUUGCACACGAUAAAAGUCAGAUACAUUUUGGAAAGAGACACACACACACAAAAAAAAAAAUAUGACUUAUAGCUCUAUCAGCCAAAACAGAGAGCCACACUCAGUAUGCCAAAUUCCUCACCAAAUUCUUCCUUCUCCUUCUCUUGCAGCCAGUAACAGGAAGUCCCCACAAUAACUGGGGCCCUUGAGUGUCUUCACUCAUGUGGCCUGUUGCUCCUGGCAAGUGUGUUCUGGUCUCUUCUAUUGUUUUGCUUUAAAUAAAGUUUCCUUGGGACUGUU